CGAUUCCUGGAGACGCCAGAGAAAGGAAGUUCCGGGACCCUCCCUGCUCUAGUGCCCACCUCCGCUUCCUGCCUCAUGCUGCACCUCAUCCCCAAGGCCAGGACCCCCCUACCUGGUUGGGAAAUGUGACCUUUGUUGUGGGGGGCCUGGCAGGCCCCAGCCUUCUUUCAUCCCUGGGGGGGCCCUGUGGGCCUCUGACCCUGAUCCCCACCCAGACCAGGCUCCAGAAGCUGGCCCUGGGGACCGGGCCCCGGGGCACAGUGGGCACCUGCACCAGCCCCACCUGUGCCUGGGCUGUGGCCCUUCCCUACAGGGCGCUCACCAUGGCCCCGCCACUCCUGCUGCUGCUGCUGGCCAGUGGAGCGGCCGCCUGCCCACUGCCCUGUGUCUGCCAGAACCUGUCCGAAUCACUCAGCACCCUCUGUGCCCACCGAGGCCUGCUGUUCGUGCCACCCAACGUGGACCGCCGCACCGUGGAGCUGCGGCUGGCUGACAACUUCAUCCAGGCCUUGGGGCCACCGGACUUCCGGAACAUGACAGGGCUGGUGGACCUGACGCUUUCCCGGAAUGCCAUCACCCGCAUUGGGGCCCGCGCUUUUGGGGACCUGGAGAGCCUGCGUUCCCUGCAUCUGGACGGGAACAGGUUGGUUGAGCUGGGCACCGGCAGCCUGCGGGGCCCCGUCAACCUGCAGCACCUCAUCCUCAGUGGCAACCAGCUGGGCCGAAUCUCGCCCGGGGCCUUCGACGACUUCCUGGACAGCCUGGAGGACCUCGACUUGUCCUACAACAACCUGCGGCAGGUGCCCUGGGCCGGCAUCGGUGCCAUGCCUGCCCUGCACACGCUCAACCUGGACCACAACCUCAUCGACGCACUGCCCCCGGGCGCCUUCGCCCAGCUCAGCCAGCUCUCCCGUCUCGACCUCACCUCCAACCGCCUGGCCACGCUGGCACCAGACCCGCUCUUUUCCCGGGGGCGCGACGCGGAGGCCUCACCCGCCCCCCUGGUGCUGAGCUUCAGCGGGAACCCCCUGCACUGCAACUGCGAGCUGCUGUGGCUGCGGAGGCUGGCCCGGCCCGACGACCUGGAGACGUGCGCCUCCCCUCCAGGCCUGGCCGGCCGCUACUUCUGGGCAGUGCCCGAGGGCGAGUUCUCCUGCGAGCCGCCCCUCAUCGCCCGCCACACGCAGCGCCUCUGGGUGCUGGAGGGCCAGCGGGCCACUCUGAGAUGCCGGGCCCUCGGUGACCCUGCGCCCACCAUGCACUGGGUCGGCCCUGAUGACCGUCUGGUUGGCAACUCCUCCCGAGCCCGGGCUUUCCCCAAUGGGACCCUGGAGAUCGGGGUGACGGGCUCUGGGGACGCAGGGGGCUACACCUGCAUUGCUACCAACCCUGCCGGGGAGGCCACAGCCCGUGUGGAGCUACGGGUGCUGGCCUUGCCCCACGGCGGGAACGGCAGCGCUGAGGGGGGCCGCCCAGGGCCCUCGGACAUUGCCGCCUCGGCCCGCACUGCUGCCGAGGGCGAGGGGACACUGGAGUCUGAGCCAGCUGUGCAGGUGACAGAGGUGACUGCAACCUCAGGGCUGGUGAGCUGGGGGCCAGGGCGGCCAGCCGACCCUGUGUGGAUGUUCCAAAUCCAGUAUAACAGCAGUGAAGAUGAGACCCUCAUCUACCGGAUUGUCCCGGCCUCCAGCCACCACUUCCUGCUGAAGCACCUAGUCCCUGGUGCCGACUAUGACCUCUGCCUGCUGGCCCUGUCACCUGCGGCUGGGCCUUCCGACCUCACAGCCACCCGGCUGCUGGGCUGUGCCCGUUUCUCCACGCUGCCGGCUGCGCCCCUGUGCCACGCCCUGCAGGCCCACGUGCUGGGCGGGACCCUGACCGUGGCCGUGGGGGGUGUGCUGGUGGCUGCCUUACUGGUCUUCACCGUGGCCUUGCUGGUUCGGGGCCGGGGGGCCGGGAAUGGCCGCCUCCCCCUCAAGCUUAGCCACGUCCAAUCCCAGACCAAUGGAGGCCCCAGCCCCACACCCAAGGCCCACCCGCCACGGAGCCCACCGCCUCGGCCCCAGCGCAGCUGCUCCCUGGACCUGGGGGAUGCUGGCGGGUGCUACGGUUACGCCAGGCGCCUCGGAGGAGCCUGGGCCCGACGGAGCCACUCUGUGCAUGGGGGGCUGCUCGGGGCAGGGUGCCGGGGGGUGGGGGGCAGCACGGAGCAGCUGGAAGAGAGUGUGGUGUGA